GUUUUUUGUAAUGGAGUUGUUGCAAAACCUAAAAGAGUCCAACUUAGGACAGACUUCAAGAUGCCUCAGGUGAGGUAACUUUGCUAAUAUAAGAUUGCAAUUAACAAUCUGUUUGUUUUCUGAAGCUACAUUGUUAAGUUAAUAUCAGACCGGUUGUGGGAAAAAAAAUAAAUGUGUGCAGGAUUUUGGAGGCAAAUUGUGCAGGACAAAAACAUGAAUUGUUUGGGAAUUGUAGGUGACAGAGGAAGAAAGACUGUUUGUACAUACUUAUUUUCUUUUAUUAUUGGUAGAGUAUUGAUGUUCUAGUUUUACCCAUCCUUAAUUUUUGAAUUGGUUUAAUUAGUAAGCGGGUAGAGUAUGAAUGUACAUGUAAUUGUACAUAUUGUGUAAAAUUAUGUUUGUGCGUGUAAAGCCGCGGUAAAAUGUUUACAGAGUGAAUAAUUUUGGUACUUGAAAUGCUCAGCUUAGUAAAUACUGAUGCUUAACCUAUUACUGUCAGAUCCUAGAAUGUGUGAAUGAGAAAGUGAGUACAAUCAGCAAGAAUGGUGCUGUGUAUGAGUAAGUGAAGUAAAGUUUUUUCUCUGUAUUUUGAUUGAAAUCACCUCCAGUCAUUGCAUUUUGUAAUAAAAUAUACAUGUACCAUUCUAAUCUUAGGAUUAUUUCAGCUCCAGGCCUUAUUAAGUACAAAUAAAUAUAUAUUUUUUUCUCUUUCACGUGAGUAUGUAAUUAAUUAAGUACAAGGUGAAUAAAGGUAUUGUUGUUGUUGUUGUUGUUGUUCCCCCCUUCUAACGAAAUUAUUAUGUACAGAUAAAUUUUGUGCAACUCAAUCAUCGCAAGUUCAGGAAUGUACCUGGCAGAGCUCGUAUUUAUGGUCAAAGGAAAAGAGAAGAGAUAAAAACUAUCAUGUGAGUGUUAUACAAGACUUAAGAAUAGGUUGUUAAAAUGUUAGUGUAAAGGGCUGAGUGGUAUCCAAUUUGGUCUGUAAUCAUAACCAUAACAAAAAUGUCAAAUCUGAUUGGCUAUCAACUGCCCUGAUUUCAGCCUUAAUUGGACAGUUUAAUAGGACAGUACGCGUCAUGCCUAAGUAAAUGGACAGUAUGUGCCAUCACGCGAUCGCUUAACUGGCUUUUUUUUUCACUGCUAGCAAUAAAAAUCUUGGAAUUUCUUGUGUUUUGGUUUAAAAAAUAGCCUUUUAUGUCACAAAUUUUGUUAAAGUUAUGAUUAAUAAUGGUAACAGAACUUCGUGUCCUCCAAUUCGGUCUGUAAUCAUACUAGUGAUUAAACAAAUCGGACUCCCGCUACGUGGUUGUCCGAUUUUGUUAAUCACUUGUAUGAUUACAGACCGAAUUGGACUCCACUCAGUCCUAUUACCAUUACUAAUUGAAUAUGAGUGAUUAAACAAAACCAUGUUCUCUGAAUUGUUCAGUCAAGGGUAUGAAUACAAUCCACUCUGGCCUUGCAAACACCCCAACUCAAACAGACAACCUGAUAAUACAGACAACAGCUAAAUCCCAGGCAAAAAUAAGUUACAAAUGUAUGUUUGACUGAAAUAAACUCCUGCUGUAAGCGACUCUCACUCAAGAGGACUCUAACUGGAGUGACUAUGCAGAUAGAAGUAGAUGGCCAAAGAUUCUCUGACCGUAGACCCUUCCAUGGUAUUUUAAACUUUUAACGGGGACCAGAUAGCAAAAAUCCUUCUUUUGAAACUGCCUGCAUGAUCUUAGAACUGUACCAUGUACUGCAUGUGGAAUGUUUAAUAUUAUUUGUGCUGCUAUAAUAGCCUAUCAGAUUAAAGAUUUGACUUUGGAGGAAGGUGUAUGGUGGUCUUGUAUAAACUGAAAGUACAUCUUUUUAUUGGGCUAUUUUCUUUUUAUACAAAACCCCCCUAAAACACAAAAAUGACAAUAUGACUGUAAGUGUUAAUAUUAUAACCACGUAAGCACUCUUACAUCUUGCAAUGGAUUUUCAUGACUUGUGACUAAAUACUUCACCCAAAAGCACACUCAGAGAGUAGCAAAAUUGCCACAAAGUUCACUGAACACAACACAAGGAAGGACUACAUCACAACCCCAAAAUGUUUGUGUGUACCUUAAUUUAUUAUUUUGAAUUUAAUCACACAAAUACAUGUAUUAUCGUGGGUCUGCAGAAGUAAGACUUUGCAAAAAUUUCACUUUUUUAAACCCACUGAACCCUGGCCAGAAUGUUUGCUGAAGAAUGCUGUUUGAAGCUGAGCAAAAUGUGCCUAAAUACACUGUAAAUUGUUGUUUAAGAGCUGAGAACCAUGCCCAUAAGGUUGGGUCAUGUACACAUAGUAAAUUUCAAGAUAACUUUUUGGUUUAUAAUCAGUGACACUGACCCCUGCACCUUUAUAUUUUUCUCCCUCUUCUCCCGUUUGUUUGUUUUUUUUCUUCACCUUCCCUCCCCCCCCCCGUUUUUGUUUGUUGGUGACACUGGUCAGCAGAUACCCUUUUUGACAGCUGUCAAUCAACCAUAACAUGGAUGUCCCAGAUAAGGAUGUCCAUUAUCCAGUUAGAUUCAGACUGUAUAUGCCUUGGACACCUAGCUACAAUACUCAUCGCAAAUCGUUGAAACAUAAACUGUUUCUCUGGAAUUUUCUUAAAAAUUUCUUACAUUCACUCUUCACAAAUUUGUUCUCUCUCAAAUGUGCUACUCACCUUCCCCAGUGUUGUGCCACGUGUAUUUUGGAGACCACUGUAAUAGCCAAAUCUACUUUGGGGAAGGGGAAACGCAUACAAGUAUUUCAACACUUCUGACGAGCAUUGUAUUAAUACCCAGUCAUUACUAGAAAAUAAUGCCCAGUAAUUACAGGAAAACAGUCAAUCAGAGCACGUGUGGUGUUAUGAGGGAUCUGGCAAAAAGUGGGUAAAAGUAAUAAAAAAAUAACUAUUGGCAAUAAAAUAGUGUAAAUAUUGUAAAAGUGGCGAAACAUUUUCAUUUCAGUGUUUUUUGCAAUGGAGUUGUUGCAAAACCUAAAAGAGUCCAACUUAGGACAGACUUCAAAAUGCCUCAGGUGAGGUAACUUUGCUAAUAUAAGACUGCAAUUAACAAUCAGUAUUUUCGGAGGCUAUGUUGUAUAGUUAAUAGCAGACAGGUUGUGGGAAAAAAAAUACAAAGUUGUGCAGGAUUUUGGAGACAAAUUGUGCGGGGCAAAAAUAUGAAUUGUGCAGGAAUUGCAGAUGAUGGAGGGAGAAAGGCCACUUUCUUAUUAUUUUUACUACUGUCGACAGAGUAUGGGUGUUCCAGUUAUGCAGUUCCUUAAUUUGUGAAUUGGUUUUGUUGGUGUGUAGAUGAAUGUACAAUCAUAAUUAUAAUUGUACAUAUUGUGCAAAGUUAUGUUUGUACAUGUACAACUUACAGUAAAAUGUUUACAGAGUGAAUAAUUUUUGUACCUGAAAUGCUCAGCUUAGUAAAUACUGAUGCUUAACCUAUUACUGUCAGAUCCUAGAAUGUGUAAAUGAGAAAGUGAGUACAAUCAGCAAGAAUGGUGCUGUGUAUGAGUAAGUGAAGUAAAGUUUUUUCUCUGUAUUUUGAUUGAAAUCACCUCCAGUCAUUGCAUUUUGUAAUAAAAUAUACAUGUACCAUUCAAAUAAGAUGCCUUGAAUGUUUUAUGUUGCACCUGAUUAUCUGGAAGUGCCAGCAACUGGCAAAACAUUGCUCUGUGCGAAAGCGCCACAUUUUCGGAGAAAAGAAAUUUGCCAUUGCUAUUUUAUAUCAAUACCUUUGUUAUAAACACGAUUAAAAUACUCAAACAAUUGAAAUCAUAAAGGUAAUAGAGCUCAAGGUACCCCUAAUCGGUAAAUAAAAAUUGUGUUCUUCAAUCCAAAAUUGUUUCCCUGGUUGGUCAAAAUGCACUGAUUAGAAUUUUCCUAUUUCGGGGUCCCCAAGAUUUUAAGUUUCCCAGGGAAAUUCCUCGGUCUUUCCAAUAAAGAUGGGAGAGAGGGCAACCCCGCACCCAUGCGUGUACCUUCCUUUUUUGUACACUAUUGUAUCUUUUUUGUGUCAGUCUUAAAUUCUUUUCUUUUUGAUGUGGGCUGGGGAGUGUGGAUUAGGUACAAGUUAAUCAAAAGUGAUGAUUUUCAGGACUUUUCAUCUGUUUUUCCGUUCAUGUUUAAGGUUGUUUACUGUGGAUGGUCACAAAAUCACAGAACCAUCUCAACUUGAUUCUAAUGGCCAAUAUGUUGCAGUAGGAAGGGAAAGAUUGUAUGUAUUAUUUUUGUUAAUUAUUUUUAGACAAUAUUUAUUUUACUUAUGUAUUUUUAUCAGGAUUUUUACUUUUAUCAGUUUUAUAUAUUUAUAGAUUCAUUUUAUAAAUUUUAAACUGUAGAGCGCUUUUGAUAAAUUUUUAAUUAUUUUAAAAGGUGCUACAGUAAAUUUGUAAAUUAUUAUAACUAUUAUUAUUAUUAUUAUCAUUAUUAUUUUAACAUUUCAUCCAAGAGCGCAAAGGGCUCAUCUAGAGAGCUUAUGCUGUUUAUAAUGCAUAUAUUUAAACUUACAUGUCACAAUCAAACAAAAGAGAAACACAUCCAAAGUAUUCAUUGGGUCGUUUGAAAUUAGCUAGGUCAUUAACUUUACCUCGUUGUUGAUGUUGUUGUUUGUUUGUUUCAUUACAGCUUUGAUAAAUCUGUCUGCUAUAAUGAUCAGGGAGUUGCUGCCCAGCUAACACCAAGAAGGUAUUAAAUCUGUCUAUUUCAAUAUUUUUUGUUAAGAAAUGAAUAUACAAUGUACACUGUUUUGGAGUGAAAGUUGAAACAAUUGAGCAAUAAAACUGUGUGUGAGUGUUUGAAAAAAAAAAACAAAACAAAACCAAUGACACAAAAAAUCUUAAAGAUUAUUGAGUUUUAACUUAAAAGUCCUUGUUCAGUCCUUAAAAAACAUCUUUAAUUCCUUAAAAAAAUUCUUUCCUAUUCUGUUUUAGCUUUACUUCAAAGAAUAAAAAAGGAAAAAUGAAUAAUUAUUAAUAGUUAUUAAAUAUAAUCAUGGACACAUUAAAGGGUGGUCCAAGGGAAACCACGGCCCUCCCUUUUUCUGUGAAGUUUUCUGUUUGUAAAGAAUUCUCACCAAGAUAAAAUAGCUGGCAAGUGUGACCCUUUCUGAAUUUUCUACAUCAACCUCAUUAAGGUUGGUACUCACUAGGUGACACAUUGCAGCGACAAAUCGCUCCGUGUGUAAUGGAGAAUUUUUGUGAAAAUCUUUGUUGCUGCAACAGAAUUUUGUCGCUGCAACAAGUCGCACAAAUUCAGUCCUAUUUGAUUUUUUGCAACUUGUUGCAGCGACAAAAUUCUGUUGCAUAGACAAAUAUUUUCAAAAAAAUUCUCNCCUUAAAAAAAAUUCUUUCCUAUUUUGUUUUAGCUUUACUUCAAAGAAUAAAAAAGGAAAAAUGAAUAAUUAUUAAUAGUUAUUAAAUAUAAUCAUGGACACAUUAAAGGGUGGUCCAAGGGAAACCACGGCCCUCCUUUUUUCUGUGAAGUUUUCUGUUUGUAAAGAAUUCUCACCAAGAUAAAAUAGCUGGCAAGUGUGGCCCUUUCUGAAUUUUCUACAUCAACCUCAUUAAGGUUGGUACUCACUAGGUGACACAUUGCAGCGACAAAUCGCUCCGUGUGUAAUGGAGAAUUUUUGUUAAAAUCUUUGUUGCUGCAACAGAAUUUUGUCGCUGCAACAAGUCGCACAAAUUCAGUCCUAUUUGAUUUUUUGCAACUUGUUGCAGCGACAAAAUUCUGUUGCAUAGACAAAUAUUUUCAAAAAAAUUCUCCAGUACACAGGAAGCGAUUUGUCGCUGCAACAUGUCGCCUGACCGUGUUGCUAAAACUAGUCGCCUGACAUGUACACCUGGAGUGAUCUGUCACCACGACAUGUUGCUGCGACUUGUCGCCUAGUGUGUACCGCCCUUUACUCAAGUGUUACUCUUUCUCUCAACAGAGCUUCCACCAAACCAAAAGUGGCAGAAAUAAAACCACUCAGAAAAGCUGUAAGUCAGAAAUGAUUUAAAACCCUUUAAGUUCCAAGUGUGACAAAUAUCAGUUUUCUUUCCUAACAGUAACAAAAUUAUACAUCUCACGAGAAAAGGAUGUGAGAAUUUGUAAAAUGAUCACUAUGGGGGAUGUGCUUCGAUCUUAACUGAAAUUCUCUCUACUAAUUUUUUUUUUCAAAAAAUUUAUGGAGAUGAGUCUGGAGAAUUUGCAUGUGGGUAUUGGGGCUUUAAGUGUUAAAGUUUGGAGCCUUUUUUGUCAAAGAGACUAGAGAAGGGUUCAAUAGUAAAAGACUAGUGUUCAUUAACUCCUUGAAGCUUUUGAGGUGCGGUCUUGGAGAAGGGGCUUUUGAGGGGUAUAGUCUGUGUCAGUUGCCCCCUUCCCUCAAACAAAAUUGAAUUGUUUUUUGAUGCGAAGGGCAGCUGUACACUUGUUAGAGGGGUACAGCAUGCAUAAAUUUUUACUGGCUCACACCUCCCCCUUUAAAACCCAAGACUGAAGAGAGAGCUUGCUCCUUGAAAACAAAUUAAGGUGGGCCUCUGUAUCAUUCUGUCCUAUACUUGUAGGGAGGUGGUGCAAAGAGAGGAAGGAAAAAGAAGUCUAUUGUCUCUGAUGACGAGGAUCAUGUGAGUAUUUUAUUAUUGUUGUAGUUAUUAUUUUUUGAUGCACCCUGUUAGAGAGUCCCAUCAUUGACUUGCCUUCAAAAAUAAAACCCAAACCCAUUUGCAGUCAUUUACAGAUACCCACUUAAAAUGGACACCUCAUUAUUACAGACAGUUUGCUUUAUCCCUAGGGAGAGAAAGCCUUUACAUUUUCUCUAAAUUCAACCCGCUCAAUACGGACACCUCGUUAAUAGGCACACUUUUUAUGGCCCCCUUAGACUUUUCAAAAGUCUUUCGUCAGAACUUCUUCGCUCGGUCGGCAGCUUCGAAACCUAAAAAAGCUCACUUCGCUCGCCAAACUCGUGAGGUCGCCUUGUACCAAGUCUAUGGCCCCUUCUGUGUCUGUAUUUACGACGUUUGACUGUAAUAAACUCACAAUAUAAGGGGUGAUAAAAGACCAAUACGUCAAAAACCUUGCCUAAUUUCAGGUCUGUGUGUACUUUUGUUUGCGAGGUAUUCAGAGAAAUGUUUCACCAACAUCGUGAUUAAACAAUGUAGGGCUUACAGUGUAGCAUGGAGACGCAUGAAUGUUUACGGGUUUUUUUUCUCUCUCUCUCUUUUUUACCGUGUAUGUAUUCUAUUUUGGCACCUUCUAAUUAAUUUGUCUUCGCUACUUUCUUCACAAUAAAAUAUUUACAGAACGCAAAUUUUACACAGACCACGAUGGAACACGUGUUAAUGUUGCGCCGCCAUAGUGGAUACAUAUACUUGUUAGUAUGGCUUUUAAACGAUAGCAUUACAAAAUUUGGAGUUUCUCAUGGAAAAAAUUAUAUCAAAGGAAAGACCUAAGUGAAAAUAUGCAGUUUCAGGGAACAAUAUGUUAAAGUAUAUGCGUAAACGAAAGCUUACCUGCACGCAACCUUGUUUCACGGAGUGAGAGAGAAUUUGCAACUAUAUUGAAACAGAAGACAAAAACUCUCUCUGAGCUGUUCACGUGACUACUCACUGGAAUUACACAAUUUUUUUUUCACUUUACUGAACACUAACUCAAAAUUGUUCGCCUUUUCCUAUUUGACUUUAGAAGUCUGCAAAUAAGCAGAAAUAAGAAAUAAGCAUUUUUUUAGCGGAGCUCCAUAGCUAAGGAAAUGUGGUAAUCUACCCAUCCGAGAAAAUUUGGUAAUCACGUGACCGCACAGCGAGCGACCGUCCGUCCGCACCACGGGUAUGCCAAUGUAAAAUAACUCAAUCAACAGGUAUGGGAACCCAAAUGCAACUCAAGGUUUUAUUUGGAAGGAAAUCACAUGGCCGCCCGGACUUUUAGAAAGAAAAAAGUCGCGUCUUUUUCGGCAUUAUUUUUUAUGUUUACACUAACGUGGAUAACAGAGAAAGAGCUAGAGCGAGUUAUUGAAUACAAAGGAGACGAAUUUCUUGGGAAGAAAAACAUGGAAAUUCAAAGCGGCGGUGCGAAAAUGAGAAAUGCUAGCGGUCAGCAAGGUGAAAAUGAGCGGCAGUGAAAAAUAAAAGCGAACAUGAACACAGGAAAGAAAAUAUUGGGUAAGCACAUGCAACAAUUUCUCCAUAAAAAUAAUGUGUAACUAGGAAGUUUGACGUUUUGGUCGUACAAAACAGCGUUGUAGUCGUGCAAAACAACGGCAAGGGAAAGACAAAAAAGCUGCACGUGCAAAUUUGUUUUUUGCUAAUGAGAAGAAAAGGUGUGCUGCACGUGCAAUUUGUUUUUUUGCCAAUUAGAUCUAUUAGUCUUGAAGCCAUUUUCAUUGUCGUCCCCGUUUAGCAUUACACGAUUUAACUUUUUUUGUUUACACAUAUUAUUAACCAGAGUUUCGCUUUUAGCCCUGGCUAAAUCUAUGUAUUAUUAAACGGCGCACAUCAGUUAAUGUACAGUUAAACCCGCUUUAUGGACACCUCUUUAUUACGGACAGUUUCCUUUGUCCCUGAGGAAAGAAAGCCUUUACAUUUUAACGAUUGGAAUCCGGAAUCCAAGUUCCACUUACGAGAAAUCCGAAAUCCAGAAUCCAAUCUUCAGUGACUGUCUUCGAUUACCUUAAUGAGGGCUAAUUGCACCAUAGAAAGGCGAUUGUUUCAAUUUCUUUAAUCUUAUCCUUAUUUUAUAUCCAGAACAAGACGAUACCUGCGCUCGUUUCUUUAAGAGAUGCUAAAAGCGUUUCGUCCCCUGAAUCUCCAAGAGAAGUCGAAAAUUUUCGAAGUUUUGAAGAUACGCUAGAAUCAGUCGCAGACAACGACCUCAAUUCAGAACUCGUUGAAGAUAAACCACUGAGGUCUUACGCGGCAAGGAAGGACUCUUCACAAGAACAAGACAUAGAAGAAAUCCCAUUAGAUGAAACUAUUAAAGAGGACACUGCUGAUGUCCUGGGAGACAAUGGGGUCCCUCUUGAAGAAAUCAUCAAUGAAAGACAAGGGAGCGGCUCAGCUGAUGGUACGUGCAGCGUUUUAACAGACCUUUAGAUUCUAAGUCGGAGUUUGUUUACCACUUUCAAGGGCAACCUGAUCGGUUCAGGAUUAAGGCAAGUGGUAAGCAAAAUUCAGGACUGGUAAAUUUCCUGCCGGAAUCGUGUUUACCAUUUGUACAAAUCAGUUCCAUUUCCCCCAAAACGGCCGCGAAGGCCUGAAACUGGUAUCAAAGAUGAUUAAAGAUGGUUUUGAACAAAUGGAACACGUUUGGAACAGUUUUUUUGGGUCGUUCCAGGACUACCUUUUCAAAUGUUCCGUUGAUCCGUUCAGGAAAUUUUUCCUCUGGAACGACCGAAAAAGUCGUGUUCUGUGUACUUUCCAACCGCAUUUUUCGGAAUUUUUUUUUGUAAAUGGUAAACAACCGGGGACGACUACGAGGGUGAAAUGUUCUCAAUACUAAGUAUUGCGCUUGCGUGAGCCAGCGUCAUUUUGGCGAGAAAACGCAACGGCCGUCGUCAUUCUACUAUGGGUCUUAGCAAGAAUGUCGUAGUAACGAAAAUAAGUUAUCAAAUGUUAGAAGUUUUAUCAUUUUGCAAUCUUCCUUCACCAAAAANAUUCUAAGUCGGAGUUUGUUUACCACUUUCAAGGGCAACCUGAUCGGUUCAGGAUUAAGGCAAGUGGUAAGCAAAAUUCAGGACUGGUAAAUUUCCUGCCGGAAUCGUGUUUACCAUUUGUACAAAUCAGUUCCAUUUCCCCCAAAACGGCCGCGAAGGCCUGAAACUGGUAUCAAAGAUGAUUAAAGAUGGUUUUGAACAAAUGGAACACGUUUGGAACAGUUUUUUUGGGUCGUUCCAGGACUACCUUUUCAAAUGUUCCGUUGAUCCGUUCAGGAAAUUUUUCCUCUGGAACGACCGAAAAAGUCGUGUUCUGUGUACUUUCCAACCGCAUUUUUCGGAAUUUUUUUUUGUAAAUGGUAAACAACCGGGGACGACUACGAGGGUGAAAUGUUCUCAAUACUAAGUAUUGCGCUUGCGUGAGCCAGCGUCAUUUUGGCGAGAAAACGCAACGGCCGUCGUCAUUCUACUAUGGGUCUUAGCAAGAAUGUCGUAGUAACGAAAAUAAGUUAUCAAAUGUUAGAAGUUUUAUCAUUUUGCAAUCUUCCUUCACCAAAAAUAACCGUGCUAACUAUUCUGUUGGAAAAAAGUACAAUGAGGCUUUCCGGGGUGUAUUUUUUAAGAAUACGAAAAAAAAAAGUAAAUAAGUCAAAUAUCGUCCUCUUAGUGGUCCUCGUCAUUGAAUCUAAAGUUUAGUCUCGAGUAUCUUGUCUUGUAAUGUUGGAAACGGUGUUAAUUUUAUCACAGCGAGUGGCUUUUCAUGCUGACCAUCCACUGAUUUUUACCCACAUUUUUGUUCUUCAGUAAAACCCUCUGUGUAUGAAGCGAGUGGUGAGCACCAGGUCGCUGCAGGGGAAAUACAAGAUGACCGAGGUAAGUGCCCCGUACUGUGAACUUAUUCAUAAUAGGCAAGAAAAACGUGAAACGUGUUUUGUAAUAUUUCUCCAAAACGAGUUGAAAAGCGAUGCUGCGCGUUUAAGUACCCACGCUCAAACCUGCCUUGCUAUAAAUCCGGCUUACUUCAGGUUGCGUGAAUGCUGACUUCUGAUUGGAUAAAAUAAUGCGUAAGUCAGGCCAUACACGGGAGGUACGUAACUUGUUAAAAAACAAUUUCGCCUGUGGCUGGUAAGGCGCGUAACAUACUGUAUACCGUGUAUGAAUGGUAACUAUAACCAUUCAUCUAUUAUUAUAGGAGAAUAGUAAAACCACCUUCAUAUCGUAUUAGAGCGAUUUUCGUGUGAGCUUGAAGUGAAAACGCGCGAACAAAACAGAAACAGCAAACGAACGGAAAUAGAGCGAUUUCAUUGGUUUAUCGAACGGAUACAAACACGCGUGGCUUUCGUUUGGUUAAGCGAACGCUCGGGUAAAAAACUUCAUGCCCGAGAACUUUCUAGAAAUCAAUCGAUACUUCGCUUUGACGUCAUACUGCUACACGAUUGGCCAAUCAAACAAUGCCUUCUCCAUAUUAGGUUUCUCUUUGGCGGGAAAACGAAGAGUCCUUGUUUUGAUCUUUUCAUCCAUUGGCUGAUAAAACGAAUAACGAAAACUUACCGAAACCAUUUUUUAAGGUCAAACGAAAAUCGUUCUGUUCUCUAACGCCGAAAGGAAUCAUGAAUGCGACAGUUGUGACGGUGAAAUCGUGGGAUUGUUUCUUGCCGACACGUAUGAUGCCUUAACGUUAUGUUGCAAUUCAUUUUCCUUUUGAAGAAACCCUGGAGGACAAGCCAAUAGAUCAACUGCCCGCUGAAGAAGUCGAGGACGAAGAAAUUGAAGAAAUCGUAAACCAGAAUGAUGGAGAUGAGAGUGUGAAUGUUAGGCAAAGCGAAGAAGUUAAGGAUGAGGAAAUUAUUGAGGACAAUAACGAUUUG